UCAAUAUUCAAUUCGCGGGGAAACAUCACCAUGCUUCGUGGCAGAAACAAGAAUAGGGUGGAAAACAACGAGAACAACGAGGGAACGGACAGUAAACAGAGGAGACCGAAAUGCGCUCGUUGCAGAAAUCACGGUCUCAUCUCGUGGCUGCGGGGUCACAAGCGAGAAUGUCGUUACCGGGAAUGCCUGUGCCCUAAAUGUUCACUGAUCGCUGAACGGCAGCGUGUGAUGGCCGCCCAGGUUGCCCUAAAGAGACAGCAAGCUGCGGAGGACGCGAUCGCCCUUAAAAUGGCAAAGGUAGCGACCGGACAGAAGCUCGAUCGACUUCCGCCAGGGAAGAUCUUCGGAAUGUCUGUGACGGAGCCAAAAUCAACGGUGAAUCAAGAUGAAGAUGCAAUUCUCACUUCGAAGAAACUCGAUAAAAUUCCCGAGGAUUCCAAGGAUCUUCCAUGUGCAUCGACCAACGAUGCUUCUCGUCUGCAAAAUUAUUCUGACGACUUGGAAAAUUGUUCGAAAUCCAAAAGUCUUCUCUUCGAUACGAGCAAGCUGGAGAGUUCCAAACAAUCCAUCCCGGUGUCUCAGACCUCCGUGGAAACUCUAGCCCGUCUCUUCCCGAACACCAAGUUGUCGGUCUUGCAACUGGUGCUGCAACGCUGCGGCCAGGAUCUGCUGAAGGCGAUCGAGUACUUUGCCAGCGAUAGCCUGGGUAUCGUUGAACCAGCCAUAUCCACUAUUGGUCACGCGUCCUCGGCCUUUCGACCUCCGCAGACGACGAUCAGCGUCGACAGCGGUCCUGGGGAACAACAGCAACCGAUUUCCGGUACGAUGCUGGCACCGAUCUAUACCAGCCUGUCCAGAAACGUUUACGGGGACGCGGGUUACUGCCUGUUGAACAUCCUGCCGACCGCGGAGCAGCUCGCCAAGGGUACCGAUCUGCCGAUCGCGAAAACCGCAGCCGAGCCUCAGGAGGCCGUUGCGCUAAAUUUUCGCUACAACAAUUAUUUUACUCCCGUGCAACAACAACUGAGAGACGCGCACUUGUGCGCGCAAGUGGCGGCAGAUCGAUUGUCGGCUGCUAGAUCAGCUGGCAUCCUUCAUCAUCUUCCACCUGCCGUACUGCCAGGCAUCCCUUGCGUGCAGCCGAAUUGCGCGCAGUGCAAUUACAAAUUUGCAUGAAUCUUUUUUCUGAAGAAUAUAGUUAAGAAAUAGAUUAAGAAAAGAGAAAUAUUUAUCUCGGAUAAUCGUUGGA